GUGGAGAGGAUUGUAGACAAAAGGAAGAACAAGAAGGGCAAAUGGGAAUAUCUCAUCAGGUGGAAAGGCUACGGAAGCAAUGAAGACACCUGGGAACCUGAACAUCAUUUACUACACUGUGAGGAAUUUAUAGAUGAGUUCAAUGGACUACACGUUACUAGAGAAAAGCGGUCAAGACAUGGGAAACAGGCCAGCGCUCCAAAAUUUUUACGGGAAAACCGAGGAUCAUCUGUUGAGAAAAUAUCACAUAGACCUGAAUCUGGGAAGUCUAAAGGGUCAACACACAAAAGGAAGAGAAUUAAUCCAUCUCUGCAAAAACAGAAAAGAGGAUAUGCAGCAAAGCCAGCAUCUGCUAAUGACAGGGCUGCUAAAACUGUGACUUACCGAACUACUCCCAGCGGUUUACAGAUCAUGCCACUGAAAAAGCCACAUAAUGGUCUGCAGAAUGGAGAUGGCAGUCAUGAAAAAGAUUCUAGACAUUUUGGGAAUGGCUCACAACAGCAAAACAUGGAUUUAAAUGAUCAUGAAGGAGAACAAAAUUUGCCCAGCGUGUUGGAAGUUAGUAAUGAUUCACCUGUUGUGAAUGGAAUCGGCUCUUCUCUGGCCAAUGGAAGCUUGAAUCUACACAGCACUGUGAAAAGGAAACUAGAUGGGGAGAAAGAUUAUGUCUUCGAUAAGAGACUAAGAUACAGCGUACGUCAAAAUGAAAGUAACUGCCGCUUCAGGGACAUUGUAGUCCGGAAGGAAGAUGGUUUCACACAUAUUUUGCUGUCAAGUCAGACUUCGGAUAACAAUGCAUUGACCCCAGAGAUCAUGAAGGAAGUUCGGAGAGCAUUGUGCAAUGCAUCAGCUGAUGACAGUAAACUCUUACUUCUCAGCGCAGUGGGAAGUGUAUUCUGUAGUGGCCUAGAUUACUCAUAUUUAAUUGGCAGGUUAUCCAAUGACAGAAGAAAGGAAAGCACUAGGAUUGCAGAAGCUAUAAGGGAUUUUGUAAAAGCUUUUAUUCAAUUUAAGAAGCCAAUUGUGGUUGCUAUCAACGGCCCUGCUCUUGGGUUAGGAGCUUCUAUUUUACCACUAUGCGAUAUCGUUUGGGCAAGUGAGAAGGCAUGGUUUCAGACACCAUAUGCAACUAUCCGACUCACUCCAGCUGGCUGUUCAUCAUACACAUUCCCACAAAUUCUGGGUGUUGCACUGGCAAAUGAAAUGUUGUUCUGUGGAAGAAAGCUGACAGCACAGGAAGCCUGCAGCAGAGGACUAGUGUCACAAGUAUUUUGGCCAACAACAUUUAGCCAAGAAGUGAUGCUACGAGUGAAAGAAAUGGCAUCCUGCAGUGCAGUGGUAUUGGAAGAGUCCAAGUGUCUCGUGCGGAGCUUUCUGAAAUCCGGACUUGAAGAUGUGAAUGAGAAAGAGAGUCAGAUGUUAAAACAGCUGUGGAGUUCUUCCAAAGGACUGGAUUCGUUAUUCAGCUACUUGCAAGACAAAAUUUAUGAAGUCUGA